AUGCAUGAAUGCUCAAUGCGAAACCAUCACAUUUUCAUCUUCUACUACAUGUAUGCUCAUGCUAACACACAGCCCCUCGAGAUCCGGCCGGAGCGCUUCAUGCCCGGCGGCGCCGCCGCCAGGGUCAACCCGCUCGGCGACUACUUCGAGCUCAUCCCCUUCGACGCCGGCAGGAGGAUCUGCGCCGACAAGCUCGCCGGCAUGGUGUUCGUCCAGUACUUCCUCGGCACGCUGCUCCACUCCUUCUACUGGAGGCUCUCUGACGACGAGGAGAAGCUCAACAUGUCCGAGACGUUCGGCCUCGCGCUGCCCUAG